AUGACACGGACAGAAGAAGCCACCGACCCCAUCACGCCCACCCUACACAACCCAUCCCAGUCCUACGCCGACCACACCAAGGAAUCAGGCAGUAGUGUCGCGGAGAAAAUCGCCGAGGCGAUGCAGCCGGGGGAUAACAAGAGCACGACGAGGUUGUUGUCGGAUACGCCGACGGGAAUGCGGGCUGGGGAGUGGGAGGCUUCCUUUGGAGACGGGGGUGGACGACGGGAUCGGGAGAAGGAGGAAGAGGGGAAGGGGAUGUUGCAGGCUGCGCAGGAGGCUGUUGCGAGGGCGUUGGGAGGUGGGUCGCGGGGGGCUAGUUGA